AUGGUCGUGAUACGCACAAUGAAAGUGAUAUCACUUAUAAUUUCAUGUUAUAUAUUGCUAGUGAACGGUAAAUUAAUAGAAAAAAAUACAGAAAAGAAUCAUGCCACCAAGCAAACUGAAUCACCAAGCUCUAUUCGAAUUUCAAGGCAGGCUUUCUACGACGAAGGAACAGGAAUUUCAAUAGAGGACUAUCAUCGAAAUUACGUUAGGAAGGGGAGAUAUUCUAUUCGGUCACACAAAUACAGCGAAGAGGUAACUCCCAAUAUUGUUCGAGUGUUUAGAGAUUCUGAUGAGAAACGUGUAAAAUCCAAAAAACAGACUGAAGAUACUGUACGAAAACUAAAAAAUUCUAAAGUUUUGAUAAAGAAACCAAUUCCUAAAUUCAACGAAGUAGACGAAGAGGAUUUUCAAGUGAAAGUUAGCAGUUUGCCAAUAAAGGUAGCUGAUUCAGGUGAACACGAAGAUGAAGACUUUAAUUUGGAUGAUUACGAAUUUGAUGUUAAUCAUGACGAGUUUGUCGGAAGGGGUAAACCGUUAGAACCACGAGCAAAACAUAACAAUAACAGAGAUUCUAUUGAAAAUAAAAUACCAAAAUCUAAGUUAACCACGACAUCUCCUCCUCAAAUGAAAAUACAGAGUAAAGUAGUAAUUCCAGCCAGUCCAUCAAAUAUGAAGAGAAGUGCGAUGACUAAAAAAGCAGCUGACAAAAUGAAAGAAGACUAUUAUGAUGACAUCGUGACAACUACAAAAAUACCUGAGACAGAAGUCAAACGUGAGUUUGAUUAUGAACUAUCUGAUGAUUCGGGUAGCAAAGAGUCCUCACAAAAAAAUCUGGUAAGGACCAUCAGGUCGCCUUUAAAUAUAAAGUUGCUGGCUGACAAAAUGGGCGAUAGGACUGCAACAAUACUGUCGAAUAUCCUCGCGUAUUUACCGCUAUUCCCAGAAGCACCGAUUUCUAGUGAGACCAUUACUGAUGUGGCGAACUUGGAUCCGAUUACCGGUAGAGAAUAUAUGUUUUAG